CUUUAACACGAGAGUGUGGCGCUAACAUACCGAUCCUUGUUCUGGCCAUAAUCAAUAAGCGGCGUAUGAUUCACGUGCUUCCUGAAUGACCUGGUACCAAAGCUAUAACACUAUCCUUGCCUACCAAACCUAACACAGUGUUGCUCUCUCUUCCAGUUACUGUCGGAGUACACAGGACGAGGAGACUUGUGGUAUUGAUACGCGUCUGGGAGAACUAACCGUUGAAGGAGCAAGCUUUUGUGUAUAUUGCUCGGCUUCUAUUGUUGUUUGUUCUCCUGUGUGAGACAAAAUGAAGUUUGAUGACGCUUUGCUGAAGCUCGGAGAAUUCGGAUUCUAUCAGAAACGGUUAUGGAUUCUCCUUCAGCUUCCCGCUAUGUCCGUCGGAUGUUUCAUGAUGAUGUUGGUAUUCCAGAUGUACAAACCAGAACACCGGUGUAAGAUCCCCGGGUACGUUAAUGACACGUUUGAAGUUCAAAAUGCCUUCCACGCUGAUCUCAUCAAUGCGACCAUUCCGCCAAGUCAGGAUGUCCUUAAGAAAUACGAGAUGUGCAGCCAUUUCAAGGGAGUGGUGGUGGACUCGGCCAGCCCGGGGGGCUAUGACUACUACGUGAACACUACAUCUAGGAUACAAUGCGAAGACUACGUCUACGACAAGUCCGUCUUCGAGGAAACAUUUGCAUCUGAAAAUAACCUGGUUUGUGAUGAUGCCUUGAAGACGUCGCACGCUCAGAUGGUGUUCUACUUUGGUGUUUUGUGCGGAGACCUUGGAUUUGGGAUGCUUUCUGACUACAUCGGUCGUAAAAAGACGUUUUCAAUCUGCUCCGUAUUGAUGCUCGCAUCUGCCUUGGCGUUAGCAUGGGCUCCCGAAUAUUACAGCUUCGUCCUCCUAGAAUUCACAGUCGGCGCUGCAUGUCAUGGACUCUUUAUGGUCUGCUGUGUUCUUAGCGUGGAAAUGGUCGGACCGUCUAAGCGAGGAGUGGCUGGAAUCCCUAUACACAUGUUCUUUGCUACUGGUUUGUGUUACCUGUCAGGAGCUGGCUUUUUCCUGAGGAACUGGCACUAUAUUCAGCUGGCGGUGGGCAUCCCCUGCACUUUCUAUCUCUUCUAUUGGUGGUUUAUUCCCGAAUCGCCACGAUGGUUGAUCAGCAAAGGGCACUACGAGGAAGCGGAGGUGAUUGUCAAGCGUGCUGCGGAAGUCAACAAAACAACUGUUCCAGAUAAGAUGUUUGACGCCGACUCUGUGGAAAAAGUGAAAGAGGGGCACUUGUGGCAUCUGUUUAUGUCAAAGACCCUCUUCUUCAGGACCCUCAUCAUAUUCUUUAAUUGGUUGGUGAUCAGCAUGAUGUACUACGGUGUGACCAUGCACUCUGGCAAUCUGGGAGGUAACUUCUUCCUCAAGUUCUUUAUCCUUGCUGUGGUGGAGUACCCGUCCAAUGGAUCAACAAUUUUUCUUCUCAACGCUAUGGGACGACGAAAGCUGUUGUGCCUGUGCAUGAUGGUUGGAGGUGUAGCCUGUGUCUGUACAAUUUUUACCGUAUUAUAUGGAGGAGACGAGUUGGAGCCCCUUACCCUUGCACUAGCCGUCCUCGGUAAGAUGGGCUCGGCCGCGGCCUUUGGUGUGGUUUACGUAUAUUCAAUGGAGUUGUACCCGACUGUCGUCAGGAACGGUGGAAUGGGAGCUAGUUCAUGUGUGGCCAGGAUAGGAGGAAUGAUAUCUCCCUACAUUGCUCAAUCUGGAGAAAUUAUUGGAGGGAAAUUCGGACAAGCUUUCCCACUUGGUAUUUUUGGUGCUGCUUCAAUUACUGCGGGACUGUUGUGUUUGCUUCUGCCGGAAACAUUAGGGAAGAAACUCCCAGAAACCAUCGAAGAUGGUGAAAACUUUGGAAAGAAUCCCGAUCAGACACUUUACGAAAACCAGAUAAAAAUGGUACCUGCUGAUAUUGAAGAAGGAGAUUACCCUGACGAUAAAGCGUUUUUGUGAUAGAGUGGUCCAUUUUUGUCAGUUUCUAAGAAUAUUUUGCACAAAGUGUUUAUUAUUACAACAGUAUUUGCACACUAUAUGUUCGAAGCCAUUGAUUAAUCAUCUGUAUUUUGAAAAACGAGACUCGAAUACCAUUACAAUUCUUAUGUUUUAUACUUUGUCAAUCAUUUACUGCUUUGUAAAUGCAAUUCAUAAUUUUUCGUGUAUUUAAAAUUCAAAACGGAGUCAAAAUGUAUCCGUUUGUUUGGUCCAAUGCGGAAGAUGAUAAGGCGAUGAAGACUUC